AUGCCGCUAUCAAUAUACGGAGAUGUGCGGUGCUGGAGAAACGACCUCCAGACUGGACACAAGAGGAUUUUAUUGGACAACCUCUCAAAGUCGAUCUAUAUGAGAAAAAAUGGAAGCAGACGUUGGUGGCCGGUCCAAAAAAACGGGGAGGCGUCUGCACGUCAGUUGGAGACCCCUUGCCUAGGGCGCGUUCGCCACUACUGUACACGGCCGGGGGCAACGUUUGUCUUUGGAAAGAUGUUUUGUGUUGGUGCGAGUGUCCACCCAGGGUACGUUUCAGAGGUUUGUACGGGUGAGCGCUUCGGUCAUUGUCGCCUGGCACCGGUGCUGCUUCACUCGAAAAGUAACGAACGGCCGCGACGCUCGCUCUUGAGUGCUAGAAGGCGUCAGCUCCCUCGGCCUGGAGGCACUGGAGCCGUUAUGGGUGUUAAGGCUGACGUAAAUGAAGGAAACGGGCACUCGGUGAACAGCGCUCUGAGAGCAACGGGCCGUCGUGACUUCGACUCUACUUUGAGCGCUGACCCCACUACGAAUGUAGGUGGUGUUUUCGAGGAAUGUUUAAGGAGUGUUCAACCGCUCCUACCGUUGCCGCCAGGUUUUCGGCAAGAAGAUUACUUGUUUGAAAGAUUCCGUUGUACGUACUGGGCGAAACCUGCAGCUCCGCCGGCGUCACCGGCAAGGCCUGCUGUGAUAUGCAUUCACGGUUUCGGUGCUGGGGCAUUUCACUGGCAGAAGAUGCUCAACAUCAUUUCGGAGGCGGGCUACGACGCGUAUGCGCUGGAUUUGCUGGGCUUUGGUGAUGCUGAUAUGCCACCACCGCUGUUCACGACGCAAGGCGACGGCAAAGUUGGCUCUCCGACAUUUUCGUACACGUUUGAAAGCUGGGCACAGCAGAUCCUUCAUUUCAUCAAUACUGUUGUGGUGACCGCGUCAGAUACCGGGAUUUCGCAACAGCGUGAUGUUGUUCUCGUUGCAAAUUCAAUCGGUUGUGUUGCCGCACUUCAAGCUGCUUGCGACAUGCUGCGCCAGUCAGUAGAGCAUCCUGGUAUGCAGGGCACGCGUAUUCGGGCAGUUAUGUGUCUGAAUCCGUCUCUUCGCCAGCUGCACUAUAAGAAACGACGGGGUCUGCGCGUCUGGACGACUCCAUUAGCGUUGCGCGUAUUGGGAUUUCGUCCCGUGGCGAAGUUUUUCUUCUCUCUGGUAUCUCGGCCAGCGACGCUCCGCAGGUUACUCUGCUCAGCCUACGCUGUUGAUGGCCCUGAGGCGGACCAGAUCAUCAGUACCGAGCUCGUAGAGCGGAUUCGGGCCCCAAGCAGGCGCCCCGGUGCUCUGGAUGUAUUUCUAGCGUUCACGUCGUAUGAUCGCGGCCCGCUGGCAGAGGAGCUCGUCGAAAGCAUUGCACAGAUGGCUGCAACUGCUCGAAAAGAUCCGCCCGCAAUCUGGGUCCUCUGGGGAGAGCGUGAUCCGUGGGAACCUUUCGCCCUCGGACGAGAGCUGUUUGCACGCAAUCCACAUGUGGAUCGAUUUGUUGCUCUGAAAGCUGUCGGUCAUUGCCCGCACGACCAGGAUCCGAACACGGUGUGGCGAUAUGUGUCGGAAAUGCUGGAAUCAGUUGAGCGUGAGCGGUAG